AAGUUUCGAUUAUUUGAAAGGACUCCAGAAGGAAUCCCUACUUCACUCUUGUUAAUGUUCUUUUACUGUUUCUUAGAGGAGACGGGGGAGAGAUCAAGUAGCCCACACACUGUGCAGUGUGUGCGGAGGGGUGAUGCCUCGAGAGCGCAUCACAGGACGACACAACCCCACUGCAAGACGCAGUGCCAGGAUAGAGCAGCUUAGGCACGAGAGCUGGUUUCCUUCAGGUAUUAGAAGGAACAAGGGGGAAUUGUCUUCGAAUCCCUAAACAUAGUUAUUGUCAUGUUUGAAUCCUCCUGAUCAUCUUUGCUGGCUCGCGUACAGAGACAAUGUAGUGGAGAGAAAAAGGGGAACUCCACCGGUGGAGGGAUCUGGGGAUGCAUGGACACGGCUAUGGGUGAUUAAUGCCAUUCUGCAGCUGCAAAACAAGACUGGAUAUGCGCACAAAAAGGGGAUAAGUGAGUUUUGGGGCCCACAGGAUGGACACUGCGGAGGUGAUUCUCUCUAUGUUGGUGGUAGUCAUUAUCAUAGUGUCGUUGCUGUCCAACGUCCUGGUGCUGAUCUGCUUUCUGUACAACCCGGAGAUCCGCAAGCAGGUCCCCGGUCUGUUCAACCUGAACCUCACCUUCUGCAACUUGUUGCUGACCGUGUCCAAUAUGCCACUCACUUUGGUGGGACUUGUCAGUAAGGCUCAGCCGGGAGGAGACGGCUUCUGCCAGAUCGUGGGCUUCCUGGAGACAUUCCUGUCCACCAACUCGAUGCUGAGCAUGGCAGCUUUGAGCAUCGACAGGUGGAUCGCGGUGGUGUUCCCCCUGAGGUACCACUCCAAAAUGCGCCACAAAGACGCGGCUUUUGUGCUCGGGUACACGUGGACGCACUCCAUGUCCUUCUCCACGGUGGCCACCUGCCUCUCCUGGGUGGGAUAUCACCGGCUCUACGCGUCCUGCACGCUAUCCAACCCGAGGGCGAGCAGUCGGACCCAGUUUGUUAUCUUCACCGUCUUUUUCCACUCCUUCUCCUUCCUCCUGUCUUUUAUAGUGCUGUGUGUCACAUACCUCAAAGUGCUUAAAGUGGCAAGGUUUCACUGUAAGAGGAUCGACGUUAUUACAAUGCAAACUUUGGUGCUGCUGGUGGAUAUACACCCCAGUGUUCGCCAGCGUUGCCUGGAGGAGCAGAAAAGGAGACGACAGAGAGCGACAAAGAAGAUCAGCACCUUCAUUGGCACCUUCAUGAUCUGCUUCGCUCCCUAUGUGAUCACAAGGAUUGUGGAGUUAUUUCCAGCGGUGCCUAUCAACCCCCACUGGGGAAUUGUCUCCAAGUGCUUAGUUUACAGCAAGGCAGCCUGCGACCCCUUCGUGUACUCCCUGCUCCGACACCAGUACAAGAAGACGUGCACUGACAUCAUCAACAGGCUGCUGAAGCGUAGCUCCUUGAACGCAUCCGGGCGCGGGCACGAGAACCAAGUCAACAGCAUACCGACUGCAGAGUGACGGGGAUGCGGUCUGACCCGGCAACUGUCAGGGAAAUAUGAGGCUGAUUUAUCUUCGAUGAAGAAGAUAAUAAAUAUUACUUGUUCCUGUCCACGUCUGCUUAAAUUUGGACUGACAUGCCAAAAGGAAGUUACUACAGACAAGGGCAAAUCCCUGCACAGGAAUACCACUGUGCUUGCAUACUGAAACUCCAGAACAGCAAAUCAGUGCAGUGGAUUUGUGAGGACAAUAAGCAACGGGAGAUUUCACAUUCACCUGGAGAGACAGAUGCGCUCGACCAAGAAGAACGGCCAGUUCAUAGCCUCAUUAUUCUAACU